AUGGUCAUGACUCACGGGCGUACAGUGCGUCGCGUCCCUGCCGAGAUUUCCUCGUCAUCCAUCCGAGUCCUUCAAGCCGUUGCGCUCUUGCGUGUUAGAGCGUUGACUAAGGCGGCAUCUGCUCUUGAUUUGUUCAGAGGUCCGGGUGCUUUGCCUUAUAACGAGGGCGACAAGUGGCUUAUUCGCGAGCAGCUGGCGUUCACUAUUCAGACCUUCUCUGGUCUGCAGGUCCGUCCCGCCACGUUCACGCACAACGACGGCCGCCAGGUGCAGCUGUUGCAGCUAGAGGGAACCAUACCGAUGUGGUACAAGGAGGUUAAGUACAAUAUCCCCAUCACCAUGUGGUUACUAGAGCAGUUCCCGCGCGCCGCGCCCCUCGUUUAUGUCACGCCGACGCGGGAUAUGAUCAUCCGGCCCAAUCACUCGCACGUGAACGCCUCGGGAUUGGUCGACGUUCCGUUUCUGCGCGAGUGGGUGUACCAGCGUUCGACGGUAGUGGACCUGUUGCAGGUUUUGUCGGUUAUGUUCGGGCAGGAGCCGCCGCUGUAUUCCCGCCAGCCCGCGCAUGCCGCCGCUGCGGCGCAGGCGCGCCCGCCAGGUGCGCGGACCGGCGGUGCUGGCGGACCAGGGGGAGCUGGCGCGGGCGCGGGCGCGGGCGCGGGUGAUAUACGCGCACAGCAACAGCAGCAGCAUCAACACCCACAGCAGCACCAACACCAACACCAGCAACACCAUCAGCAGCAGAUGUCACCUCAACCACAAGUGUUCUCUGGCGGCGCUGGUGCUGCCCCAGCGCCCUUAUCCCCGGCCUUCCAGGGAACUAACCCCAUGCACAUGCACGGUCCCCCUUCCUCGGGUUUAGAGGGUGCGCGGAUUGGGCCGCCAGGGUCGGGCGGGAGAGAGAGAGGCAUCAGCGGAAGCGGCAGUGGUGGUGGGGAAGGGGGAGUUGUGGGAGGAGGGGUCGGUGCGUACGCGCAGCAGCAGCAGCAGCAGCAGCAGCAGCAGCAGCAGCAGCAGCAGCAGCAGCAGUACGGGCAGUAUAAAGGAACGUUUGCACGGUCAGGUGCUGGCCCCACAGGAGGGGCUGCAGCACCAGGCGCAGGGGGAGCAGCGCCGACAGCAGCAGGCGCGGGGGGCCCGGGAGGCGCGGCGGUAAGAAGCGGAUCCGGGCAGGGAACAGGCGCAGCAGGCGCAGGCGCAGGCGCAGCAGCAGCAGCAGGGGCGGCGGCGGCGGCGGUAGCGGCGGCAGCAGGGAGAGCAGAAUCCGGGAAAAUAAAGGGCGAGGAGGCGAAGGAGGUGGUAAAAAAGGCGGCGAUUAUAUCCCUGUCGGUUCAGCUGAACGCGGACGUGAGUGAGAGCUUGCAGAAGGCGAAUCGGCUGAUGGAGGAGCAGCUGGGGCUGCAGCAGAUGCUGGUCGCGCGCAAGGAGCAGGCCAGCGGGGUGGUGCGGGAGCUUGAGCGGGAGAAGCAGGCGCUGGAGGAGACGCUGCAGGUCCAACAAACCAACGCCGAUGUCAUGGAAUCAUGGCUAGCACAGAACGCCUCCUCUUCCACCACCACCACCACCACAACAACCACCACCACCGUCACUACCGACGCCGCUGCAAUCGACAUAGAUUCCGCCUUUCAGCCCUGCGAUCCGCUCUCAGCCCAGCUGCUCAAACACACAGCAGCAGAUCUUGCUAUAGAAGACGUGCUUUACUCCCUAGACCGGGCUCUUCAGGAGGAGCGUGGGCACGAUGAGUACGACCCGUCAUCUGCCAACUCGCGCCGGCGAAUCCUGACCGUUGAUGCGUACCUGAGGCACGUGAGGAUCUUGGCCAAGGAGCAGUUUCUGCAGCGGGCGACGGCGCUGAAAGUGCAAGCGGUGCAGAGGAGUGCGAGGGUGAAUCAGAUGGCUGAGAGAGCGGUUUCGGGGCAUGGGCAGGGGCACGUGCAGGCACAUGGGCAUGCGCAUACGCUUUCGUCUGCUGCUGCUGCGGCUGCAUCUUCAGCUGCAGCUGCUACGGCUGUCGGAUUGGGUGCAGGCAGCAGGGACUUGUGA